AGGGCCCUCCGAUCUUAAGCAGUAAGUUAAUAAUGAUUCAUAUAAAGCCUCCUCUUCGACAAAACCCUAGACUGAGUGAUAGCUGAAAAUCGAGCAAAAAUGGUGCAGCGUCUCACAUAUCGUACCCGGCACAGCUAUGCCACCAAAUCCAACCAACACAGGAUCGUCAAAACCCCCGGAGGGAAGCUAGUGUACCAGACCACUAAGAAGAGGGCGAGUGGACCCAAGUGCCCUGUCACUGGCAAGAGGAUUCAAGGGAUCCCUCACUUGAGACCUGCUGAAUAUAAGAGGUCUAGAUUAUCUAGGAAUCGGAGGACUGUUAACCGUGCUUAUGGUGGCGUAUUGUCUGGAGCUGCUGUCAAGGAAAGGAUCAUCAGGGCCUUUUUGAUUGAAGAACAAAAGAUUGUGAAAAAGGUGUUGAAGAUUCAGAAGGCAAAGGAAAAGCAAGCCUCAAAGAGCUAGAUUUCAAAAUCGAGUGAGUGUUACAUAGCUACUAGAGUGAUUUUGGCUUGUCGUGGGCUAUGGGAAGUAAUUUGAGUUGUUUCAGUUUGUACUUUUUACAUUUUGUUGUGGAUGGUUUAAUUAUGAUGUUAAGUACUUAAUUUUGUUCAGAAAUCCACUCUUACCAUGGAUUUUCCCUGUUUUGUAUUUCAGUGGUAACAUAUACAUUUUCCAAUUGUUUGUGUAAUGUCAGUUUAGUAGCUUUAUUUAUGA